UCUGAUUCGUUGAAAUUUGAUUAAUGAUAUUUUCAAAUAAUUGAAAUUCCUCCAAUCAGAUGUAGGGAAUUUUUUGUGUUCAAUCAUUUGAACGAAUUAUUUUUUGAAAUGUCGGAGUGUACUGACUAAAAGACAAAUUGGUUAACCAAGUUUUCUUUAAUUAAUGGAACAUUAAUUUUGACAUUCGAUUGUAAAUCAUUUUGUUUAUUUGAAUUGAAAGAAAAUCAAAAAUGUCUCGAAUACGUCAACUGUCUAUAUGUGGUGUUCGAAAUUUUGACGAUCAAGAACAAGCCAGAAUACGUUUUGGUCGUCCUUUGACACUUAUUCUUGGUGCAAAUGGUACUGGAAAAACAACAUUGAUAGAAUCAUUAAAAUUUGCCACAACCGGUGAUUUUCCACCAGGCUCUGAUAGAGGAAAAUCAUUUAUUCAUGAUAAAAGAUCGGUAGAAUUUCGUUUAGUUAAAGGUUGUGUCAAAGCUGAAUUUGUAAGUGCUAAUGGAAAUACUUAUACGAUAAGUAGAGUGAUUGAAUGUGUACGUAACAAUUCAGGAUCCAAAUUCAAAACGGUAGACAAUACACUAAGUAGAAAAGAAAAGGGAGCAAGCAAAGCGGUUUCAAUAACAAACCGAUGUAUUGAUAUAAACACCGAAGUAGUAACUGCAAUGGGUGUUUCCAAAGCGAUCUUGAAUUAUGUGAUAUUUUGUCAUCAAGAAGAAUUUAGUUGGCCAUUGGAUGAUGGAAAGAAAUUAAAGGAAAAGUUUGAUGAGAUAUUUGAAAGUGUGAGAUUCAACAAAGCACUUGAGAAUUAUUUGAAAUGUAUUAAAAAUUUGGAACAAAAUAUACGCAUAUUGAAAGUAGAAAAAGAUUCAUUUAAAAAUGUUGUCAAUGAAGUUGAAGACAAAGAGAAAAAACGUCAAAAUACUAAAGACAGAUUAGAAGAGGCUACGAAUGAAAUAACUGCAAUUGAUAAAGAACUUGAGACUGUAAUUGAACAAAUUCAAGAAUUAGAACAAAUAGAUGCAAAGUAUAAAGCAUUAAUGGAUGAAAAAGACAAAAAGAAAUUCGAAUAUGAUAUGAACAAAAAACAAAUUGAAUCAUUGCAAGAAAAUAUACAACUUUUUAAAGGAACCAUGAGAGAAUUAUCUAAUCAAUUAGAAUUAUACGACAAUAGUUUAGCAGAGAAAGCUGCUGAAAUAACACAGGUAGAAGAAAAAUUGCAACGAAUUUCAUCGAAUGAAACUAAGAUAACAAAUGCAGUAACGGAGAAGAAAAUUUCUGUUGGUACAUUGAAAGAAAAAUUGCAAGAUCAAGAGAAAAAAAUAGCUCAUCGUAAUAAAACACUUAAUGAUAUGUUAUCCAAAUGGAAUAUGAAAACUGUAAUUGAUGCAGAUUCGUCCAAUACUGAAGAUCUUGUUAAAAAGCUUGAAGACAAAGUAGAAAAUCUCAAACAAGUGGCAGAGGUUAAAAGACAAAAACGAAAUAUGGCAGAGGAAAAACUUCAGAAAGAAGUUGAUGUAUUACGUUCUGAACAUUCGAAAAUAGAAUCAGAGAUAAAUAUUAAAAAUAAUGAAGUUAUUGAAAUCAAAAAUCAAGUGGAAAGUGUUCAAAAUGAAAUUUCUAUGAUUGGAGCUUCUGCUAAUAAAUUAAAUUCUUUAAAAGAAAAUGUUGCACUUGUGAAUAAAACAAUUGAAGAUCUUUCCAAAUCUUGUGAUAGUACUUCACUCAAUGAUCAGAUAAAUGCUGAAAUGUCUUCAAGAGAUUCAAUGGAAACUGAGAUAAAUACUUUAGACGAGGAGAUAGAAGUUUUACACAAACAUGCUACGUUACAAGCUGAAAUAUCAUUACACAAAUCGACAAUGAAAGCAAAGGAAGAAGAAAUACAGUGUUUUAAAAAGAAACAUGAAGAUGCAAUUAAAAUGUUGCUUGAAACUAAUGAAUUACCUCAUACCAAAUUAAAAGAUAAAUUGGUUCCUGCACAAAAGAAAUUAAUGGAUCGUAUAAAAACAAUAAGUAGUGAUAUACAAACAGAGCAACAAAAAUUAAUAAGUUUGAAAACAACAUUGAAAUGUAAUAAAGAAGAACUUGAAAAGAAAAUUUCAGAAUUGGAUUCUAAUAAACAGAAAGUAUCUUCUAUUUGUUAUUAUAAAGAUUUUGACGAAAUAUUAUUGUUACAAUCGAAAAGAGUAAAAGAUCUUCAAGAUAAAAGAGGAAUGCACGCGUAUCAAAAUACAGCUUAUAAAGAAUACAUGAAACAAUUCAAAGAACAAGAUCCUUGUUGUCCUUUGUGCCAUAGAAAUUUUGAUAAAUCAUAUAAUAUAGAUAAUUUGAUCAAAGAAAUGGAAGAAGAAAUUGAAAAUCAGCCAGUGAUUCUUAAACGUUGCGAAAAUGAAUUGAAAGCUCAACAAAAUAAAUAUGACAAUAUGUUACAAUUGAAACCAAUUAUUGAAAAGAUAAAUGUCGUUGAAGAAAUUGAAUUACCUCUAUUAGAAGAUAGUUUACAAAGUACAGAAGAACAAAUAAAAAAACAUGAAACAAGUAUAGAAGAGAAAGAAAAAUUAAAAUCUAUUCCUGAAGAUAUUUUGAAUAAAUCGAAAAAUUUAUUCGAAGAUAUUAUGCUUUGGGAUCGAUUGAUAGAUGAGACGAAUAAUCUUAAAGAAAAAAUACGUAAUAUUGAAAAUGUCGUGUCUAAAACAGGAACUAAAAGUACCAGAACUGUUUCCGAAGCACAAGCUCGUAGAAAUUCAUUGAAAGUUUCUUUAAAAGAUACUCGCAACAAAAUACAACGAUUACAAUCAGAAUUAAAUACAUAUAAAGAAAAAUAUCAACAUGCUUGUGAAAAACGAAACACGUUAUAUGAACAACAAUUGAAAAUAGAAUCAAAUAUGAAAAAUUUGGGUAAUCUUGAAAGUAAAAAAGAGGAUUUAAAUUUACGACAAACUACGUUAAAAGAAUCAGUGCAAAAAUUACGAGAUAAUUUGUUGACUGCAGAUAAUAAUUUAGAAAUAGCUGUUUCUCAGUUGGAUCAAUUAAAAAAAGAAAAUUGGGAAAAAGAAAAGGUGGAUAGAACGGCAAUUACAGAUGGAGAAAGACAAUUAUUUGAAUUAAAUAAAAUUCAGAAUGAAGUUAAUGCAUUUGAUAAUUGCAAUAUUCCUGAUACAUUAGCAAAAUUGGAACUUGAAAUACAAGCAUUUGAAAAAACAAUGAAUGAAAAUACUACGAAGAAACAAAAGUUAGAAGCACAGUUAAAAGAUUUGAAGGAUGCUAUUAGUCAACAAGAAACACGUAAAAGAGAUUUGAGUGAUAAUCUUGAAUUGAGAAAACUUCAAUUUACUGCAGAGGAAUUACAGCAACAAUAUCAAAGCUUGAAUGAAAAGAUUGAAAAUAUGAAUCGCAAAGAAAUGAUUGAAAAUUGGAAAAAGUAUCAAAGUCGUGAACAAAUUUUAUCACAGAAGAAAAAUGUAGCUAUAGGAAAACAAGAAGAAUUACAAAACUUGUUGUUGCAAUAUAAUGAAGAACUUAAAAAGGAGUGUUAUAGAUUAGCUCGUAAAAAUUACAUGGAAAAAUGUAUUGAGUUAACGAUACAAAAUGAAGUAAUAGCAGAUUUAAGAAAAUAUUGCAAAGUAUUAGAUGCUGCAAUGAUGAAAUAUCACAAAGAACGUAUGGAGAGUGUAAAUAAAAUAAUUAAAACUCUGUGGAAUGCUAUAUACAUUGGUAAUGAUACAACUUGUAUAGAAAUUCGUACAAAUGAUACAAUAGGUACAGGAUCUGCUGCACGUAGAUCUUACAAUUAUAAAUUAGUUCAAAUGAAGAAUGGAAUGGAAAUGGAUAUGCGAGGACGGUGUAGUGCAGGACAAAAAGUUUUAGCAUCAAUCAUUAUAAGACUUGCAUUAGCUGAAACUUUUUGCAAAGAUUGUGGAGUUCUUGCGCUUGAUGAGCCAACUACAAAUUUAGAUGAAGAAAAUGCAAAUAGUUUAGCAAAUGCUCUUAAUAUGAUUGUAAAGUCUAGAUCUCGAUAUCAAAAGAAUUUCCAAUUAAUUGUGAUUAGUCACGAUGAAAAAUUUUUAGUUAAACUUUCUCAAUUAAAUAAUAGCUGUGGCUAUUAUGAACUUUAUCGUAAAGAGAAUGGUCUAUCAUCAGUUCGAUUUCGCGAAACAGGAUCAAAUCCUGUUAGUGAUCUGCAUUUUAAAUUAGAUUAUCAGACAUCUGAGGACGAGGAACGUGAUAACUCCGAACAGCUAAGAGCUAAAAAAAGAACUUAUGUUAAUAUCAGAGACAAUAAUGAUGAUGAUGAUGAUGAUGAUGAUAAUGAAAGAAACGAAAAUGAAAACAGACCACAAAAGAAACGAUUUGUUUGUAAUUUCUAAAAAUGAAAAAUUGAUGAAAUAUCUUCUUGUAACUUUAUUUGUAUUACAUAUUUAUAAUAUGUAUUUAAUCAUAUAUAUU